GUUUUAUUUUCUUGAUGGCUGGUAGUAAGUUCAUUGACUUAUUAUUCUGCAAUAUUGGGAAUUUCUUAGUGUAUAUUUUUGUUAAUCAUGUUAAAAUUGUUUCUAUCUAACUGCCAAGGUGUUCAGACAAACUACAGUUCAUCUCAAGCAAGCCGAAAUCGAAUUCACCUGUUAGGGCGGUCGCUUCACACUUACGUCGUCCGGCGUAAUGGACUGCUAGAAGUGAGCAAGAGUGUUACUAGAAAUCCGUCAAGACAAUCGGGACGUAAUUUCAUCUCCGCUGGAGGCAAACAGGAGGUGGUACGUGCCGGGCCCACCAAUUCCAAGAUAUUGAAAUUCGUUCUGGGAGGAACUGCCGUCAGCGUAACAGUCGGUUACACAUGCCGUCGGUGGUUUGCCCAUUGUGACGCGGCCACCGUCGCUGGUCGACUGGCAGGCCAGCAUAAAAUCAGCACCCAUGACACGAUCAAAUUCGAUUGGCCUCGAUUCUGGAUCUAUUUGCGACCUCACCUAGCAAAACUGAUUGGGGCGGUUUUCGCUGCCUUGGCAGUGGCCUAUUUUAACAUUCAGAUACCGAAUCUGCUGGGUGUCGUUGUGAAUACCUUGUCCAAGUAUGCUCGAAGCGGUUUGAAAGACAUCAAUUCAUCGACCUUUUUCAACGAAAUGAAGUUACCGUCUCUGCGUCUGUUCGGAAUGUAUGUCGCUCAAGCAGCGUUCACGUUUGUGUACAUUUUUCUACUGAGCCAAAUCGGCGAACAGAUGGCUGCUAAAAUUCGACAGGAUCUUUUACAACAAAUCAUAAUCCAGGAUCUGGAAUUUUUCGAUGAAAUUCGAACGGGAGAGCUUGUAAAUCGGUUGACUGCCGACGUGCAGGAUUUCAAAUCCAGUUUCAAGCAGUGCAUCUCCCAAGGACUGCGAUCAAUCGCUCAGUUGAUCGGCGGUAGUGUCUCUCUCUUUCUGAUCUCCCCUCAGUUGGCUAGCAUUGCUUUGGUGUCGGUUCCGGCGGCGGUGGCAAUGUUUUCCUUCCUUGGGAGGUCGCUGCGGGCACUCAGCAAAAAAAGUCAAGCACAAUCGGAACGAGCUACUUCCGUGAGCGAGGAGGCACUGUCCAAUAUCCGAACUGUCCGAGCGAGUGCCAGCGAAUAUGCUGAGGUGGAACUUUUCCGCCAGGAAACUGACAAAGCAGCCGAACUAUCGGAACAGUUGGGUGUGGGAAUCGCAGUGUUUCAAUCGCUGACCAAUUUGUUCCUAAAUGGGAUGGUGUUAACCACGCUAGUGCUGGGAGGACAUUUUAUGUCGACUAGUUCGAUCAGCGCUGGAGACUUGAUGGCAUUUUUGGUGGCUUCGCAAGGUGUUCAACGUUCGUUGGCUCAAGGUUCGAUUCUGCUCGGAUCCAUGAUCCGCGGAAUGACCGCUGGAGCACGUGUUUUCGAGUACCUUUCAGUCCAACCAAAGAUAGACUUAAAAAUUGGCGAAAUCAUCCCGGAAUCACGGGUACGGGGAGAAAUUCGCUUCGAAAACGUAUUCUUUACGUAUCCUUCGCGUCCGAACCAACAGGUAUUACAAGAUUUUUCUUUAGUCCUCGAGCCAGGACAGACGGUCGCUCUAGUGGGAGCCAGUGGCUCGGGGAAAUCGACAAUCGCUUCGCUGUUGGAAAGAUUUUACGAACCAACCGACGGCAGGAUUACCAUCGAUGGUCACAAUCUUGCGGAACUGUCUCCGAACUGGCUUCGCGGGCAGUUGAUAGGAUUUAUUGAACAACAACCGGUCCUAUUCGGAACGACUAUCUACGAAAAUAUCCGCUACGGACGGCCGAAUGCAACCGAAGCCGAAGUGCUGGAAGCUGCCAAGCUGUCUCAAUCGCAUCAGUUCAUCAGUCAAUUGCCGGAUGGCUACCAAACACCCGUGGGCGAGCGUGGAAUUCAGUUGAGCGGUGGUCAACGGCAACGAAUAGCAAUCGCUAGAGCACUGCUGAAGCAACCUACCAUUCUUAUUCUGGACGAGGCAACCAGUGCACUCGAUGCAUCCAGCGAAGCAAUCGUACAGAAAGCUCUGGAUGCUGCUGUCGUCGACAGGACCACCUUGGUGAUCGCCCAUCGAUUGUCCACCAUUCGAAAUGCUGACGUUAUUGUGGUACUAAAUAAGGGACGAAUUGUGGAAAUGGGCAAUCAUGACACGUUGUUACAGAAAAAGGGUCACUACUUCGAGUUGGUGAAGCAACAGGAGCGGCAACUGCAAGAGGAUCAACAACAAAACCAGCGGGCUUAUGGGUAGAAAUAUCAUAUGAAAGUUAAUACCUGGAGUGAUAGUUUUAUUUAGGCAUUGUUGUUAGGAAUAAAGAUUACGGUUACAGUUAUAAAUAAUUGGUUGAACAACAAA